CGGGCGCGCUCACACACGCGCUCACACACACACAUACACACGGCCUCGUACACACUUACAUUCGCUCCGGCGCGCACACGCGGCGCGCAGGCCGGAGGGAGGAGGCUCAGCGCGGCUCGGCAGCGGCGGCAGCGUGCUCCGCGGGCGGGCGGGAGGGCUGGCGGGCGGCCCCCGCUCCCCGGCUCCGCGGCUCGGUGCAGCCCGCGCGGCCCCCGCCCUCGGACCCGCCCCCGGGGGUCGCCCGGCCCCAUGCCCUGCAGCGGCGGCGGAGCAGCGCUCGGCCGCGGGCGGCUCUGAGGAGCCCGGAGGGAGCCGGCGACGAGGGGACCAUGUACCGGGACCCGGAGGCGGCCAGCCCAGGGGCGCCCACCCGCGAUGUCCUGCUGGUCUCUGCCAUCAUCACCGUCAGCCUUAGCGUCACUGUCGUCCUCUGCGGCCUCUGCCACUGGUGUCAGCGCAAACUGGGCAAACGCUACAAGAACUCCCUGGAGACGGUGGGCACGCCGGACUCAGGGCGUGGGCGCAGUGAGAAGAAGGCCAUCAACGAUCUAGACAGAGACUUUUGGAAUAACAAUGAAAGCACAGUGCAGCAGAAAUGGAGUUCCUACCCUCCCAAGGAGUUUAUUCUAAACAUUUCACCCUACGCCCCUUAUGGCGACCCACGACUGUCCCUCAAUGGCACCCUCCUGUCGGGCGCCAAAGUGGCCGCCGUGGCGGGGCUGGCGGUGGAGCGGGAAGGCCGGCUGGGGGAGAAGCCGGCGCCGGUGCCACCACCCGGAGAGGACACCUUGAGAAGCGGCGGGGCUGCCCCCAGCGAGCCGGGCAGCGGUGGCAAGGCGGGGAGAGGCCGCUGGCGGACGGUGCAGAGCCACCUGGCCGCAGGGAAGCUCAACUUGUCCAAUUUCGAGGACUCCACCCUGUCCACGGCCACUACCCUUGAGUCUAUCCCCAGCUCCGCGGGAGAGCCGAGAUGCCAGCGACCCCACACCCUGAUGCGGCAGCAGAGCCUGCAGCAGCCCCUGAGCCAGCACCAGCGGGGCCGGCAGCCCAGCCAGCCCACCACCAGCCAGAGCCUGGGCCAGCUGCAGGCCCACGCGGCCUCGGCACCGGGCUCCAACCCCCGGGCCUAUGGCCGGGGCCAGGCUCGGCAGGGCACCUCGGCCGGCUCCAAGUACCGGGCGGCCGGGGGCCGCAGCCGCUCCAACCCAGGCAGCUGGGACCACGUGGUGGGGCAGAUUCGAAACCGAGGCUUGGACAUGAAAUCCUUCCUGGAAGGCCGGAUGGUGGUGCUAUCCUUGGUCUUAGGGCUUUCGGAACAGGAUGACUUUGCCAAUAUCCCUGACCUGCAAAACCCAGGAACCCAGCAGAACCAGAACGCUCAGGGGGACAAGAGGUUGCCGGCAGGAGGGAAGGCGGUGAACACAACCCCAGUGCCAGGACAGACGCCCCACGACGAGUCUGACCGCCGGACCGAGCCCCGCUCCUCCGUCUCGGACCUCGUCAACUCCCUCACCAGCGAGAUGCUCAUGCUGUCCCCGGGCUCGGAGGAGGACGAGGCCCACGAGGGCUGCAGCCGAGAGAACCUGGGCCGCAUCCAGUUCAGCGUCGGCUACAACUUCCAGGAGUCCACGCUCACCGUGAAGAUCAUGAAGGCCCAGGAGCUGCCGGCCAAGGACUUCAGCGGCACCAGCGACCCCUUUGUCAAGAUCUACCUGCUGCCAGACAAGAAGCACAAGCUGGAGACCAAGGUGAAGCGGAAGAACCUGAACCCCCACUGGAACGAGACCUUCCUCUUUGAAGGUUUUCCCUAUGAGAAGGUGGUACAGAGGGUCCUCUACCUCCAAGUCCUGGACUACGACCGUUUCAGCCGCAAUGACCCCAUCGGGGAGGUGUCCAUCCCCCUCAACAAGGUGGACCUGACCCAGAUGCAGACCUUCUGGAAGGAUCUGAAGCCAUGCAGCGAUGGGAGUGGGAGCCGAGGGGAGCUGCUCCUGUCCCUCUGCUACAACCCCUCUGCCAACUCCAUCAUCGUGAACAUCAUCAAAGCCCGGAACCUCAAAGCCAUGGACAUCGGGGGCACCUCAGACCCCUACGUGAAGGUGUGGCUGAUGUACAAGGACAAGCGGGUGGAGAAGAAGAAGACGGUGACAAUGAAGAGGAACCUGAACCCCAUCUUCAACGAGUCCUUUGCCUUCGACAUCCCCACGGAGAAGCUGAGGGAGACCACCAUCGUCAUCACCGUCAUGGACAAGGACAAGCUCAGCCGCAACGACGUCAUAGGCAAGAUCUACCUGUCCUGGAAGAGCGGGCCAGGGGAGGUGAAACACUGGAAGGACAUGAUUGCCCGACCCCGCCAGCCUGUGGCCCAGUGGCACCAGCUAAAGGCCUGAGUGGGGCCGAGGGAGGCCCAGGGGGCCGAGGCCCAGGUCCCCAUCAUGGCCUCACCACUUUAUGCACAAUGCCAGGCCUGCCCCUCUGCCGCCACGGGUGAGGGGAGGGCCCUGAGGGCUCAGCCAGGGAGGGGUCCCAGGACUCAGCUGGGCCCCAUUCUAGGAAGUACCAGCCCCACCCGCAUCGGUCCAGCUCAGGGUGGGGCUCUGGGAGCCAUUUUCCUGCUUUGCCCCUUUCCUUCCUGACUUGCUGAUACUAAAGAAGUGGGGGAGAGCUCGAAAGCCAGCCGGGCAGACGGGCAGAUCCCUCCAGAGGCCCGCCAGGUGGGCAUGGCCCCCCGUUUUCUUUAAGGCAGUGCCUGGAGUGGAGAGAAGCCGCCCCUUCUGCAGCCGUGGUUGUGGGCCCGAGCGGGGAGACCGGGGCGUUUGGCCCUGGCCUAGCCGAGACAGGCCGUCCAGGGCAGUUUCAGGUGCCGCCUGGGCCCUGAAUGCUGAGGACAGUACAUAGCCCGCUCCCGGGUCCUGGAGCCCGGGCCCUGUGCACUUGUGUUGUGUCCACUGUGUGUGUGUGUCUGUGUGUGUGUGUGAGAGAGAGAGGGGGCACUUGCUCCCUGUCCCCCUGGGGCCAGCAGUGCUAUGGACUGUGGGAAAGCAAGGCUUCGUGAAGGCAGGGUGGGGCUGGAGGCCUGGAGAGGUCCAGGCUGGGGUCAGGGCCAGUAGAGGUGGGACGAGGGACAGGGCCAUCCCCCUGUCCUCGCCCUGCCCCUCAGGGCCCCCCUCUGCUCAGAGUCCCCCAGGAGCUCCUCCCCCAGUGACUUCAUCUCUUGGACAUGUGCUGACAACUCCGAGGCACCUCUGUGUGCACAGCUUUCACAGGACGCACCUGCUCCCCUCCUGCUCAGGGGUCCCCAGCCCCCACUAGCUCUUCCCUGACUCCCCCUCCUUCCAGAUCUCGGGUUCCAGCCGAGUUGGCACUAUGCUCCAUGCUCUCCAGCUUCCCGGCCCUUCCUCCCCUCUCUCCGCCUGUGCAGACCCCGCCCCAUUCCUCACUCCCCACCCCUCACCCCACUGGUAGGCAGACACCUUCCCUUUCCUUCCCUCUCCUCUGCGUGGUUUCUGAUCUUCCAUCACCUGUCUUCUCACUCUCCCCACCCCUCCCUGGGCCUCCAGAACAGCUCCUUCUGCCCCUCCCACCACCGGGCAGGCAGAGAAAGCAGGGACCAUUCUAGGAACUCUGAGGUGGCCCCACACAAAGAAGCUGUGGUUUCUCCUCCCCAGCUACUGCUGAGACUAGAACUGGCUUCUCCUUGGAGACAGCAGACUUCAGGAUGAUCCCUGCUUAAGUCCUGUCAUCCCUACACUGGGCCUGGUACUGAUACAAGACCCAGCUGGUGACAAGUCUCAAAUCCAGGGGUUCCACGUGCCUGGGCCGAACAUUCCCAGAACACACCGCCAGGUGGCGCGAGAACACCACAUCUGUGGUCGCGCUUUUGCACCACAUUCUACCCGGAAUGGGCCUGCCACCCCGAGGGGAGCCCGCACAGGGUCCCCACAUCCAGAGCACAGCGAAAGCAUAGUCGUUCGGGAACCAGUUUCCUUUAGCGGGCUUUCCCUUGAGCCUUCCUUCUAUGCCAUUGUCAGGUCACCUUUUGCCCAUAUUAAAAUGCUCUUCAGUUGAAUUUCGCACCGCGGUCCCCCCCGCCCCACCCGUCUGCCUGCCCCCCACCUGUCCCUGGGAUCUGGAGGAAUAUCAUCCGUAGUAGGUGAACCGUUCUGUAGAGUGAAGAAUGCUAAUUAUGUAAAGCAAAUAGUCACCCACAUUCUUUGUAAACCCAAAUGUUUCUAUAGCGUAGCUUUGCUUUAAAUGGGGUGGCCUGGGGAGCGGUCCCCAGGGGACCCCGGAGGCCUUGUGGAAGUAGGAAGGCAGAAGUCUUGAGAGGCCGAGGGAACUCGCAAGUCUCCAUCCCUCCCUCGGAUCCGCUUGGGUUUCCGAUGCAACGCCCCCACGACCGGCGGGAGGCGGCGAGUCCACGAGCCCCACCCCAGGCCCCCUGGCCUGCCUGCGAGCCCUCGGGACCCAGUUCCCACCGAGGCGGUGAAGCUGCUGCAUCCCCCUCCGAGCCCCGCCCACGGAACUCUUAGCCAAUCACAUGCAGGGAGCCUCCCGCAGAGUCUGCCUGGUCAGACCCCCUCCUGGCACGCAGAUGCCCCGCCUGGAUUCCCCAGCACACCGGCGCCGCAGGAGCUCGCUCCUGGAUGCAGGCGGGGGGCUGCAGGUGGUGGUCUGAGGGCCAGGUGGGCUGGCACGAGAGGCCGCAGGUGAUCUGGCGUGGGGACGGGACAGUCUAGGGCGAUCAGCGAGCAAGGAAUGGGGGAACUUGAGGGCGGGGGAGGGCUCCGGAGCCCUGCCACCGUCCCAGGAUCUUGGGCAAGUCACCCACACUCCCUGGGCCUCAGUUUCCCUUUCUGUAAAAUGAUGGUAAUAAUACUUCACCUACCUCAUAGGGGAGGUUGUGAGGCCAUCACCUGACCUGGGGGUCCAAGCAGGAGGACUCUGAAGGUGCUACCCGGGAGCAAAGUAUUAUUGCCGCAGCCUGAGAGCAAGGCCCACCUGCCCUUCCCCCAGAGAGCCUCCAGGGACAGCGAGGCCACCAGGGCCAUCUGUCUCUUCACUGUGUUCCAGCCCCCCCAUGAGUGUCAUCUACCACUUUUGUGGGCACCCUCGACUUAGUUGUUACUUUGUUCCGGUAUCCUUUCUUGUGACCAUCUCUUCUGCAUAAUUGCUGUACAAAUUCCACCUGCCCCAGGACCUGCCUUCAGGCACCAGAGGCCAGGAAAGGGACAAAGGAAAACAGCCACAAAAAUAGCCACGGGGGAUGCCCAGCCCAGCUGGGGCCCCAGGGGUGGGGAUUGGUGGCCCUGUUUGUAUUGUGUUUGAGUCCUUGAGCGCAAGUGUUUUAUAAAAAAUAAAACAAAAACCCAGUACCACAAAAAAAUUUUGCAGCAAAGAGAAAUGAAGAAAAAACUGGAGAAGAAAAAAAAAAAAAAAAAAAAAAAGGAAAAAAAUACAAAAAUUUUCCACCACAUGCACCCUCUAAGCCAGCAAGAUUUCCUCUUUGCAAAAUCAUAUUUUUGUGGGAACCGGCCCUGCUUUUUGUGGCAAGGCCUGUUCUGAUUAAUAAAGGAUCGUGAAAAAGCAGGGCCUUGGCUCUUUCCUCUGUGGGUCCCAGCCCGCUCCCUCACCAGGGAGAAGCAGCUGGGUGAGGGGAUGGGGAGCCUGGGGCUGAGUCUCCCCUCACUCAGCUCAUCACUUCUGGGACUUCACUGGUGACCUGGCCCUUUCUGAGCUUCCGGCCCAUCCUCAGAUCCAGGCUAUGAUCCCACCUGCUGCCUAGAAAGCAGGGGCAGCUCCCUCCCAUCUCAGGUGGGAGGCUUAUUGGGAGUGGAGUCUCCUGGAGGCCUUAGGGGGCCCCUUGGAUCUCCACCCCACUGGACAUCCCUUCCCUUGGUUCCCAGGGGAUGCUUGCUACCCUCCAAGGUAGGUUAGAAAACCAAAGGAGGACCCUUCACCUUCCACUACCACCUAAGGAGCUGCUGUGGUUUUGGGCCAGUAUCCCCUUCCUGGUUCCUGUGGGGUAAAGGACAGGAGAGCUCUGGGUCUGUUGGCUAGACCUGUGGCUUCUCUCCACCAUUUUCUCUAGUUUAAUUUUUUAGGAUUAGAAAAAUCUCUCCAACCCAAAAGCCCAUGGCAAGUCCCAGCCUAGGAGCCUGGGAAGCUAGGUCCCAUCUGGCUCCAGCCUGUGUGGCCUUGUACGCUUCCUCCCUCUGCCCUUAGAGUCCUCUGUCCACAAAGAAGCAAUAACCCCGCCUCCCCACGCCGCCCAGGGGCAGCAGGCCCGCUAGAUCUCAGGGCACUUCAGGAGGGAGGCGUUACAUCUGUUUCAGACAUAGGACAAAAGGAAUGCUGGCAUCUUUGGUCACCUGCCCACCUGCUAGCCCCCACCCUACUCCGGGGCGAAGGGGGCCACACAUUUCCUGCUCCCCAGCACCUGGGUCUGGCAGCUGUCUCCUUGAGUUGCACUAAGGUACCCUCACCAACAAAGCUGCCCAUCUUCUCCCUUUCUGCCCCCUCAAUUUCCUAGGCCCUCGUUUUAAUGUUCAUUUUUAAAGGUGGUUGUGGGCUGGGGGUGCAGCUCAGGUGUAGAGAGAUUGCCUAGCACCAGAGGCCUUGUGUUCCACCUCCAGCACCACAAAAAAAAAAAAAAAAAGAAGAAGAAAGAAAGGAAAGUGGUUUCUCCUUUUGGCUUCAGAUCUCUGUUUCUGGAGGGAGCCCUGGGGUCAGGUAAGUAGCCUCGGGGGCACUCCCUUGGAGGAAGGAGCCUCUGUUGAGGCGCUCUGAAAACAGCCAAUGGCAGAGUCGGCUCAGCCCCAGCCACGGCUCAGGGCCUCUUCCCUGGACUGUCUGUCCUCGCCUUCCACUUCUUUGGUACAUGUACAAGCACCGCCUUCACUUCAUCGGAUCCGUCUUCGUCCAUGCUGCCCUGAGCUAGCUGCCCGCCCCUCUCUGUACCUGGAACCGCUGCUCUCCAGUGUUUUCUUUCUCCUGCAAGUCCCUCCUUGUCCACCGCUGCUUCUGGGAAGGCCAUGUCCUACACACCUCUCCCUCCCCAACAAAGACAGCCAGAAGGACCGCAGCCCGUGGCUCCCCUGAACGUGUUUCUCGUGAAGACACUGCACUCCCCCUGUCUCUGUCCCUGCAUGUGUGUGUGCAUGUAUGUGCACAUGUGUGUAUGUGUGUGUGUGUUGUGUCUUGUUUAGAUUGUGCGCCCCCCUGGGCAAGAUCCCUGUCUGAACACAUGUUCUAUGUAGCACGCCUGGGUGUGCUAAUAAAUGUCCAUC